CUGUUAACCGACUGACACUGAAGCCCGAACAGAGUGCUCAAUGGCAGCAUCAACUCUUCCGGUUACGUCCAGCUAGGCAUGGUGGAGAUGCUGAAGAGAGGAAUGUGAAAGGACGCACGGUCGUUCUUACUUCAAAGAGUCAUCGAGAAAAACCAUGUCAAAGGGAAUGGGUUAUCCGCAUUCCAGAUCGUUAUGUAUUUGAUGGAGAAGUAGCUCGAAAGACAAUGGAGCUCGGAGAAAUGAACCUUGAAGUGGAACUAGAAGAUGAAAACCAAGAAUGUAUACAUCACUGA